CCGGAACAGCUGAUGGGCACGAAUCGAAUCCCGAGCCCCCCCAAAAUCCCUCCUACCACAACCAAUCGGAUCGGAUCCGAUCCGAUGCGAUGCGAUGCCUACCCAAGAUCGCCGUUCUCUCGCCAGAUCCGCUCGAUGAGUCUUCAUUCGCUGGCCCAGUUUGUCGUCGUGCUGUUCUGUCCGCUGUAGCCCCACUUUGUCGUCUAUUUUAUUUUCGUUGUGUCGCGUAUAUUUAGUAAAUAUUUUGUUGUUGUUAUUUAUAGUUUAGACUUGGUUGGCGUGGUGCGUGUUGUACUCUUGUUUUUUUUAAUAAUUUUUUUGGGUAGCAUAUAUUGUUUGAUUUCCGAUGGCAGCCAAAGACCGCCUGCCCAUCUUCCCGUCGCGCGGGGCCCAAACGCUGAUGAAGUCGCGUUUGGCGGGCGCCACCAAGGGACAUGGUCUGCUAAAGAAAAAGGCGGAUGCCCUGCAGAUGCGCUUUCGUCUGAUUCUGGGCAAGAUCAUUGAGACCAAAACCCUGAUGGGUCAGGUGAUGAAGGAGGCUGCCUUCUCCUUGGCCGAGGUCAAGUUUACGACCGGCGACAUCAAUCAGAUUGUGCUGCAGAACGUGACCAAGGCCCAGAUCAAGAUCCGCACCAAGAAGGACAACGUGGCCGGGGUAACGUUGCCCAUCUUCGAACCCUACACGGAUGGCGUGGACACCUAUGAGUUGGCCGGCCUGGCACGUGGUGGCCAGCAGCUGGCCAAGCUGAAGAAGAACUACCAGAGCGCCGUGCGCCUGCUUGUCCAACUGGCCUCCUUGCAGACCUCCUUUGUUACCCUCGACGAUGUCAUCAAGGUCACCAACCGGCGAGUCAACGCCAUCGAGCACGUGAUCAUCCCCCGCAUCAACCGCACCAUAGAGUAUAUCAUCAGCGAGCUGGACGAAUUGGAGCGCGAGGAGUUCUACCGACUGAAGAAGAUUCAGGACAAGAAACGCGAGGCUCGCAAGGCAUCCGAUAAAUUGCGAGCGGAGCAGCGUCUUCUGGGUCAAAUGGCCGAAGCGCAGGAGGUGCAGAAUAUCCUCGACGAGGACGGCGACGAGGAUCUGCUCUUCUAGACACACGAACAGCACCCACAUGUGUAACCAGCCCCCAUCCAGUACUCCACCUGACCUGAGCCCAAUUAUCACUCAACUUUGCUACCUCACUUCCCACCAAAAGAUCACCUCUCGUUAUUGUUGUCGUUCGUUGUGAUCCCCGGAUGUUGUACCACUUGUCGUUUUCUUGGAAAUACAAUCCGUAAUCGUAACCUUUGU